GCGGCGGCAACAGCACCACCGCCACCACCACCGGGCUCCGUCCAAGGCGCUGCCUCAGCCAGGCGUUGAGGAGGUGCGCGCCGGCGCCAAUUCGGCCGCGGCGUCCCGGAGCGCGCGGGGGUCGCUGAGGAGGAGGAGGAGGAAAGAGGAUGCGCCCCUUGCCCCCGCCACCGCUCUGGCUGCUUUUCUUAGCGGGGCUGCCCGCUGUGGGCGGGCGGCGCUAUCCGCACAGCGCCGUGCUAGACGGGGCGUCCCGCUAUCGACUCUCGUGGGCACCGGAGAGCGGUGCCAUCGCGUUCCGCCUCGAGGUGCGCACGCAGGGCUACGUGGGCUUCGGCUUCUCUCCCACGGGAGCCAUGGCUUCGGCUGACAUUGUGGUGGGCGGCCUCGACCGGGGCAAGCCUUACCUGCAGGACUAUUUUACAACUGCAGACAGAACACUGAAAAAAGACUCACAGCAGGACUACUAUCUGGAAUAUGCCUUGGAAAAUAGUACCCAUACUGUACUAGGUUUUAGUCGGAAGCUUCAUACUUGUGACCCUAAUGACAAGAGUAUAACGGACAGUACAGUGAGGGUGAUAUGGGCAUACCAUGACAAAGACUUCAGAGAAGGAAGUCAAAACUACCAUGGUUCAAACAGAGGAACAAAGAGUCUUCGUUUAUUGAACCCUGAGAAGGACACUGCCAUUUCUUCCUCUCUGCCAUAUUUUGAUUUGACAAACCAAAACGUGCCUAUACCAGACAAAGACACAACAUAUUGGUGCCAAAUGUUUAAAGUACCUGUACUUCAUGAAAAGCAUCAUGUGAUAAAGGUUGAACCUCUGAUACAGAAGGGCCAUGAGAACAUAGUACAUCACAUUCUACUUUAUCAGUGUAGCAGCAGUCUGAAUGAUAGUGUGCUGGAUUAUGGUCAUGAGUGCUAUCAUCCAAACAUGCCGGAUUCAUUCCUCACCUGCGAAACAGUCAUUUUUGCUUGGGCCAUUGGAGGAGAGGGCUUUACAUACCCUCCUCGUGUUGGUUUAUCCAUUGGGACAGCACUAGACCCUCAGUAUGUACUUAUGGAAGUCCAUUAUGACAAUCCAUCAUAUGUGGAAGGAAUGAUUGAUAACUCUGGACUGAGGCUAUUUUAUACUCCAGAUUUAAGGAGAUACGAUGCGGGAGUUAUUGAAGCAGGUCUCUGGGUUAGCCUUUUUCACAACAUCCCGCCAGGCAUGCCUGAAUUCAUGUCAGAGGGUCACUGCACUCUGGAAUGCCUUGAAGAAGCCCUCAAUGCUGAAAAGCCAAGUGGAAUCCAUGUAUUUGCAGUUCUUCUCCAUGCCCAUCUUGCUGGUAGAGCUAUACGGAUGCGCCAUUUCCGCAACGGUGAUGAACAGCAGCUCCUGGCCUAUGAUGAUGAGUUUGACUUCAAUUUCCAGGAAUUCCAGUACUUAAAAAAAGAAAGGAUCAUCUUGCCUGGAGAUAAUUUAGUCACUGAAUGUCAUUACAGUACCCUGGAUCGAUUACAUAUGACUUGGGGAGGACUUAGCACCAGAAGUGAAAUGUGCCUAUCGUACCUUCUGUAUUACCCAAGAAUAAAUCUCACUCGAUGUGCAAGUAUUCCAGACAUAAUGGAACAACUUCAGUUUAUUGGUGUUAAGGAAAUAUACAGACCAGUGAGGACUUGGCCAUUCAUUAUCAAAAGUCCAAAGCAAUACAAAAAUCUUUCUUUCAUGGAUGCAAUGAACAAGUUUAAAUGGUCCCGAGAACAAGGUGUUUCCUACAAUGACUAUGUUCUUCAGUUGCCAGUGAAUGUAAGAUGCACCAAGACUGAUAACGCAGAGUGGACGAUACAAGGAAUGAUGGCUUUACCACCUGAAAUAGAAAGACCGUACAAGGCAGAGCCAGUUAUAUGUAGCUCAACAUCCUCUUUAAACUGCAGUCUAUUUUUAACCCUCUUGAUUGUUCUCUACAUUUCAGCUACUACUCAAAGGAAUAUUGGGCCUAUUGUAUAAUAAUUCUGAUUGUAUUCACUUAUGAUUUCUGUGCCAUGUAAGUCCUGAAAUGUUUGCACUGUUGCUCUUGUAGAUUUAUUUUUUUACAUAUAAAUAAACUAAAUUUGUUUCAAAAUAUUGUUCACCUCAUUUAAAAGGGAAAAAUUACUGUUUUUUAAGUAUAAUUAUGGUGUAUUAUAUACAUAAAAUCACUCAUUUGCAAGACAUAAUUAAGCUGAUGCAUAUACUUCCUUUUUAUUCAUCCUGGCACAUCACUUUGUGACUCCAAAAGCUGCUCUGUAUUUGGAUACCAGUAUAAUAAACUAA